AAUCGAUCGAAUACGUCAACGUGACAUUUAAACGUCAAACAAAAAAUGAGUGAUUCAAGUGAAGAGGAAGUUGAAACGAUGAAAUUCGUAUUUUAUCGUGAUAGACCUGAAUGGAAAGAUGUAGAACCGAUACCCCAAUAUGACGGGGAAGAUCCCGUUGUAUCAAUAGCGUACUCAGAAGAGUUUGUUGAUGUCUAUAAUUAUUUGAGAGCGAUAAUGAAAAUGGAAGAAAAAUCAGAAAGGGCUUUAGAAUUAACGGAAGACGCUGUUCGUUUGAACCCGGCUAAUUACACGGUUUGGCAGUAUAGAAGGGUGAUUUUAAAAGCUUUAAAUAAAGAUUUAAAAGGGGAAUUGGCAUAUAUUGAAAGGAUAAUAAAAGGGAAUAUGAAAAAUUAUCAAGUAUGGCAUCAUCGAAAGGUUUUAAUUGAAUGGUUAAACGAUGGUUCACAAGAAUUAAAUUUUACAAAAAAGAUUUUGGAAGAGGAUGAAAAAAAUUAUCAUGCUUGGCAACAUAGACAAUGGGCAAUUAAGACUUUUAAUUUAUACGAAAAUGAAUUGGAAUAUAUUGAUUCAUUAUUAGAUACUGAUAUUAGAAAUAACUCAGCUUGGAAUCAACGAUAUUUCAUUGUGAAUAAUACAACUGGUUUUACGGAGGAUGUUUUAAAACGUGAAAUUGCUUAUAGUUUAAACAAAAUUCGGAUUGUUACUGAAAAUGAAAGUGCUUGGAAUUACUUAAGAGGUCUUCUUCUACAUGAUAAAGCUGGUUUAAGUAAAAACGGCGAUGUAGUCACCUUCUGCCAUGAUUUAUAUGCCUCAGGAAAUCGUUCUCCAUUCCUUUUAGCUUUAUUAGUUGAUAUGUAUGAUGAGCAAGUCUCUAAAGAAGCAGGAGAUUGUGCCGUCGCCAUGGAAAAAGGAGUUAGUCUCUGUAAAGAUUUGGCAGAAAAAUACGACACUAUUAGGUGCACGUAUUGGAAUUAUAUGGCAACAAUGAUUGAGAAUAAAUUAAAAAUUAAUGAAGAAACACCAGGGACCAGUGCCAAUUAAUAAAAAUCAUUUUACUUUUUA